CCGGGAUGAGGAGAGGACGAGAGUUUGAGCAGAAGAGAACAGGGAAAUGAAGUUGUCAGACAGGCCAGCCCAGCAACUCUCGCUCCAUAACUAGGCAGCUAGCAAGUUAGGUGACAGGCGGUCACGAGUGGAGAUUUAUAUGAAAUACAACAGCUAUGAAGGUCGUCCGUUUGAACAACUUGUAGCUACAAUUGGUACGUAUUAGAGAGCUACACCCAGAGACCUCAGAUAACGUUCAAAGUAGCGUUACAGUGGACACAAGUGAGGAAAACUUGCUAGCCUGCUAGCUAACCUUUAGCCGCCGAGCCUCCUUCAGCUUCAACACCACAGUUCACUCGAGAUUUGGGCUUGUAACACCAGCUUUCAGUCAUGCCUUUUCCGUUUGGGAAGUCUCAGAAGAGUCCAGCUGAUAUAGUGAGGAGUUUGAAGGAGAAUGUGGCAUACAUGGAAAAGAUGGAUGCUGGGGACAGCAAAAAGUGUGAAAAGGUUGCAGAGGAGGUGUCAAAAAACCUGGCUUCACUGAAGGAGGUACUGAGUGGAACAGGUGACAAGGAGCCUCAAACUGAAGCGGUGGCUCAGCUUGCUCAAGAGCUGUACAACACCAACCUCCUCAUCGCCCUCAUUGCAAACCUGCAGAGGAUUGAUUUUGAGGGGAAGAAGGAUGUGGUUCAUUUGUUCAGCAAUAUUGUGAGACGUCAGAUUGGAACCCGUACACCCACGGUAGAAUACAUCUCUACCCAACAACAGAUCCUCUUCAUGCUUCUGAAAGGAUAUGAGAGUGCAGAAGUGGCUCUGAACUGUGGGAUGAUGCUGAGAGAGUGCCUGCGUCACGAGCCUCUGGCACGGACGGUGCUCUUCUCUGAAGACUUCUACUGCUUCUUCCGAUACGUAGAGCUCUCGACCUUUGACAUUGCCUCAGAUGCUUUUGCCUCAUUUAAGGAUCUCCUCACAAGGCACAAGAUUAUGUGUGCGGAUUUCCUGGAGAACAAUUAUGACAGGGUGUUUACAGAAUACGAGAAACUGCUGCACUCUGAGAACUACGUCACCAAACGACAGUCUUUGAAGCUCCUUGGGGAACUUCUUCUGGAUAGGCACAACUUCACUGUGAUGACAAAGUACAUCAGUCGGGCGGAGAACCUGAAGCUGAUGAUGAACCUGCUCAGAGACAACAGCCGAAACAUCCAGUUUGAGGCGUUCCACGUGUUCAAGGUAAGCAUUGUAGUUUUGGAACUAAAGCUACUUUAG